AUGUCUUUAUAUCGUGACAGUUUAUGUCAGAUUGUUUUUAUUUACGCAAUUAUUCAUGAUGAGUACCAUUCAAGAAAGAUUGCAAUUAAAACGAGAACCACUAGACAAAUGGUCGAUUAGGGAACAAUUAUGUCUAGCCUCUGCUGUUGCCCGAAGUGGGGACCAAAACUGGAUGUCCGUCAGUAGAGCCUUAAAACCCUUCGGUGAACCUAAUCGGCCGGCAGAUUGGUUUCACCAGAAGAACUGUGCCGCACAAUAUGGGGCCUUGUUGGGUAACGUUGAGACACCUAAACGUAAAAAGAGAAUUUCGGGCGGAGUUGAAACAGGCAUAGAAACACCAGCCGAAUGCAUACUUAAACGGCUCUUGGCUGAAAGGCAAGCCGAGUUGAAGAAGCUGCUAGCUGACGAGAAAGCCGAAUUUCAAAAACUCCAAGAGCAUAUGAAACUACUACAAUCAGGUAAAAUAACUGAAGAGCAACUGGACAAAUGGUGCAAGGAGAUCGACGAGGAAGAGCAAAAAAGUCAGCAGGAAGCCGCAGCUCACUCCAAGUGGUUGAAACAAAGAGACUUGAAAAAACAGGAAAUAGAAAGAGCUUGGCGACCUCUAAAAUCACCUUAUCCCGUAGCCGGUCAGAAAAGAAAACUAUCCGAUGGUCUGGAUGAGUUCGGAGAAUCUGAAUUUGAUGAUAGCAAUACUCAGCAGUAUCAGCAACACCAGCAACAGCCACCGCAUUACUCGCAACAUCAUGUCGGUCAUAUCCAGAUCCAAGAGUCUUCUAGACCUGCGCUGUCUCCCCUUCUCACCAGUUUACUGAAGUCUCCUUCUCAAGUUCCAAACGUGUCCGCCGUAUCCACCUCUAUUCUACAUAGCGCCAUCACGAGUCAAGGCAACCAGCAGAAGAUCAACCCGCAAGGAAGCGCGGCGAAUCCUACAAUAGCCAGCUUAUUAAAUUCAUCUGCCGGAGUCUCGGUUUCGGCCAGUCUUCAACAGCUUGUGAGCACGGCGAUUGGACAAGACCAAAGCCACAACCACUCUCAGCCUUUGGACACUGACAUGUUGGACGACGAGGCCAACUUAAAAAUUGACGAUUUAGCCAACAGUAUAUUAGUGCAAGACGGUCCUUUGCCGGAGAUCAAGAAAGAAGAGGUUGACGACAUUAUAUCGGAGAUAAUAGAAAACGCUCAGGAUAUAGUCGCUGAUCCUGACCAGCAUUUGCAGCUAGACGGUAAUGGUGACAUCAAUAUUAAUUUAGAGUUAGACGAUUUAGACGAAGAAGUCAUUUCUCUCGAAGAACCUCCAAAAAAGGACGCGCUUGAAGUCGAGAAACCUACUGAAAAACCGGUUCUCCUUCCAGUAGUCGAUCCUUUCGAAUUCCAAGAAGACCCCGUGUUAUUUCAGUCUCCUACAAAACCAUCGGCUAUGAAGCAGGACAGCGGUCAGUAUGUACCUCUGUACCAACAACAGUCCCCUGUUAAGAUUGAUGAAUCGAAGAAACUGAUAGAAAAACCGGAAACUCCCCCAGUUUCUGAAGGGGAAUCUGAAGAAAGGAUUAUUGAGCAUUCCAAGCCGACACAACGAAGUAAAAGCAUGUCCGGUUCGGUAGAAAUUGUUGAGGUACAGUCUGAAGAACAAGCUAGUGAGAACAAGUUAAAUAAGUCCCAGAUUCAAAGUAUUGUACAUUCAAACAGAGUAGAUCAGGAAGCUGAAAAAAACAUUGAACAAUUACUCAGGGAUGAUAAUUUUGAAGAUACGCCUUUGAAGGAUGAAAAGAUGGAAGAUGAUAUAAAAUCUGAUGAGAACGAAGUAGAUAUGAAGAAAAACGAAAACCUUGAAGAACCGAUUAUGGAAAUGUCUCCAGCUUUAAAGGUGGAAGAAGACGAUAAAGCUAAUAUGAGCAUAGGAAAUUCAUCCGAAGUGAAUCUUGAGGGUACAAUAUCAUCAGAUUUAGUUGACGAGCUCUAUGGAAACGUCAAUAUGGAAGUGAAAAUUGACAAGACCGGAAAAACUAGGCGAGACUAUUCCAGAAAUAAAAAGAAAGAAGAUAAAUCCUUUGACAUGUUUCUGACUGUUGAGAAGACAGACCAGUCUGAAACUACCGAAGAGUCGUUGUUUAAUAUUAAAAGAGAAGUGGAGAAAAAGGAGUUUUAUAAAAAUCGCUUGAAGUCUGAGAACGAGAGGUCGAACAGUCCCUGGACUGAAGAGGAAGAUAACAUAGCUAGGGGCGCUAAAAGAAGAUAUUCAACUCCGGGAACUCCGAUUGACUCGCUACCAAACUCACCGGCAUCCAGUAGCUUCUAUGAUGACGACAAAGAUUACAGGAACUGGAAAAAGUCAGUGAUGCUCGUGUACAAUCGGCUGGCUUCCAACAAGUACGCCUCCUUAUUCUCAAAGCCCAUAACCGACGACCAGGCUCCGGGAUACAGUACUCUAGUCUACAGGCCGAUGGAUCUACUCACCAUCAAGAAAAACAUCGACAACGGUGUGAUCAGGACGUCUUUGGAAUUUAAACGUGACGUGAUGCUGAUGUUCACCAACGCCAUUAUGUACAAUAAAACGAACGAUCUGGUUUACAGUAUGGCGUUGCAGAUGCAACAAGAGUCGAUGAAUCCGAUCGAGAUUUUGUUGCAAGCUCAAGGCCAGGUGGACGCUCCUUUGAGAAGAGAGACCAGAACUAGCGAGUCGAGCUGUAAGAGGAAGAAGGUUGCCGAGGAUGUGAAGAUUAAAAAGAAGAAGGAAGACUAGGGGUACGAGUUGCGGUGUUCUGGAGAGGUUUUCGAUUACAGUCAUUGUUUUUGAUGACUGAGUUUUGUCCAGACCCGAGCUUAUACCAGUUAGUGGUGUAAAAUAUUGUAAAUAUCUCAUCUAUUGUAGUGAUAAUUAAAAAAAAUAUACUUUGUAUAGUCUGAAUAUUAUUUAAAAGCACGCAUUCAUAUGGUUGGUACAUUUAGGAUAGAAUCUUUGUAUUUUCGUUCGUAUUUUUUUUUUCAUUUAAAUGCGAUUUCAAAGUGAGAUGAAUGACAUAAUAUCCACCAUUAUCACCAUUAAGUAAGACAGUUAAAAUUAUGUAUUGUAAAUAAUCAUCUAUAUUACCGGGAUUUAGAAAAUAGUCUUGGAAUAAUAUAAUUAGUAAUUGUACAUAUUUAAAUGAUUGGUACAAUUCUAUACUAUAAAGAAAUUUUUGUAUUUUUUUUAAAUAAUAAUUGUUCUUGAUCUUUAAAUUUUUUGUUUUAUAUAUUUAUUAUUUAGAUCUCAUCUCAAAGUGUUCGAUUUACACUCAUUAUUUUAGAUUACUGAGCAUUGUUCAGACCAGAGCUUAUACUAAGUGGUAUAAAAAUAUUGUAAAUAGAUCACCCAUUUGGUGAAAAUUAGAGAGUAUUCUUUGUAGUCUGCGCAUUUUCCAGACCAGCACUUUUAAACACAAAAUUAUAUUGUAAAUAAUUCUUCUGUUUUAGUAAGAACUAGGAAAUAUGCUUUGUGUAGGUAUUUAUAAAUGAUACCAUCAAAUUUAGAAUUAGAAAAUAAGCUCAAGCAUUGUUUGAUAGCCUUAGAAAUAAAUAGACUAUUUAAAGUA